AUGGUUUCUCCUUUCAUUGCAAUUAGUGCGGUGUUAGUUUUGAGCCUAGUGAUCUUUAAACCUUUCGCUCGGUGUGUGGAUGUGCAAGGGAAGAAAGACGAAAGUACUUCAGAUACAGCCCAUGGGUCUGCAAAGCUGGCUGCAAAGUCAGAAUCGAGAAAGAAAUACUUCCAUCAGAUUAGGAGGGUACAAAAAUACAAGACGGUUCAAGAACGGCUUGAGGCAAAGCAUAGAGAUAUAAGCAAGUACCAACAUCAGUUCACCAAUAAGGGCAUCGCCGAGGAAUCAAGGCGAGUAGCUAAGAGGAAGCCAGAAGAAGGAGGCGACCCGCUCAAUAAAGGGAAGAAGCCCAAACUUCUAACUCGAGCGGAGAGAAAGGCUGCAGAAAUAAGAGCAACAAACAUGGCAGCUAUGUCACAACUAACAACAAUGCCCAAAUUUAUGCAAAAGUUGAAGGAGGGUGCUACUUCUUCCACCCAAAAGUCAAAACCAUCACCUGACAAAGGCGCAGAAGUGGUCCUAUUUCUGGUGUUGGCUAUCAUCAUUCCACUCUCUUUCGAGACAAGCUCUAAUAGCGGUAUUUCCAAGACAGACGAGCUUAAUGAUCAGCCAAAAUCACCCAAACAGCUGAUUACCAAACCAGCCGCCAAAAGGAAAAGAGAGUGGAUGACCCAAAUACAAAAGGUUCGAAAGUAUAAAAGUCUUACAGAGAGACACGAAGCAAAAAAGAGAGCUGAUAGUAGAUACCAAAAGCAAUUUACAAGCCAAGGUAUUGCAAAAGCUGAUCGUUUCAGGGAGUCAAAGUCAGAAAGAGCCCAGAAAGCAAAGAGCCGAAGAGAAGCAGAUAACGAACAAAGACGUCUUUCAGUUUCUGCUGAAAUUCGAGCUAUCGACAUUAAAGCAGCGAAUGCGGCAGCCAUGUCUCAAAUAAUUGGAAGACCAAAUUUAGAGCAAGAAUCAAGAAUGAAAGCUUCCUCCUCCUUCAAUGAAGGGAAACAUGAUUCUCACGAGAAGGUCAAGGACUAA